UAAGGCCAGUCAGCUUCUCAUUGGUAAGUGUGGUUAUACAACAGUACACCGUUUUCAAUAAAGUCUACACAUUUUCAUAUUUUAUCUCGUUGGAUAAGAAAAGAAAAUGUUUUUGAUAUCUUCUACAUCGAUAUUCCUCGGAAUUAUUGCCUUCCUUAUGUGCCUUUGGUUCGUUCGGCGUCCUAAAAACCUUCCUCCGGGGCCAUGGACACUGCCUUUGAUUGGAUACCGAUACAAAGACGGUCUGGUUCAUGAAAGUUACGCGGCGUUAGCAAAGAAGUAUGGGCCGAUUUUCAGCGUUCGACGAGGAAUGUUUCUCGUCGUGGUCUUGAAUGACAAGGACAGCGUAAAACAGGCGCUUGUUAAGGCGGGAGAGUUCUUUUCACAUCGAUUUGUACCGGGGCCCGUCAACUGGACCAUACCGGACGAUAAGAAAACAGCAUCCAUUGUUUGGAGUAAUGGAAAGCCAUGGGAUGAUCAACGGAAAUUUUCUCUUCCGGCUCUUCGCUCCUUUGGCUUUGGUAAGAGGAGUCUUGUUCCUCAAAUCAACCUUGAGGCCCGUUGUCUUGCAGAGGAAAUCAGGAGUCAUCGGGGUCAGCCCUUCGAUCCAGCGGAUUUACUGAAUAAAGCAAGUGGUAACGUUAUAGCUCAACUUGUCUUUGGUCGCCGAUAUGAAUAUGGAGACGUCGAGUUUGUUAGAAUUCUUCGAAUGAUGAAAGAUAUCUUGGCCCUCAUUCGCGAUGAUGAACUAGUAAAUGUGUUCGAACCGCUCAUUCAUACACCGCGGUAUAAAGCAUUCCGGGAAAAGUUUUACAAUCUAAUGGGCUUCUCUAGGUCUCUCCUUAAGGCCCACCGAGAAACUUUCCAAGAUGAUCACAUCAGGGACUUCGUGGACGCAUUCUUUGCUGACGAAAUCUCCCAAAACUAUACCUUGGAUCAUUUCGCUAGGAUUGUGUUGGACUUAUUCACUGCUGGUACAGAUACCACGUCGGUGACUACUUUAUGGGGGAUGCUUUAUUUAGCGCUUCAUCCAGAUAUACAGACGAGGGUACAAAAUGAGUUAGAUGCAGUUGUCGGGCAUGGCCGCCAACCGAAUAUGGAUGAUCGCGCAAAUCUUCCGUACUGCCACGCCACUCUGAUGGAGAUCAUGCGAAUCAGACCUGUCCUCCCAGUAUCCCUCCCUCACAUGACGUCAGCAGAUGUCACUCUUGGACCUUACACCAUUCCUAAGGGGACCAUCGUUAUCCCUAACCUGUGGGCUGUCCAUCAUGAUCCUAAAGACUGGUGUGAUCCACAUGUAUUCAACCCUGAUAGAUUUCUGAGUGCCGAUGGUCAGACGGUCGUCAAGAAUGAGGCUUGGAUGCCAUUUAGCGCAGGUCGCCGUGAUUGUCUAGGUCAACAGCUUGCUAAGAUGGAGGCAUUUCUACUCUUCACCAACCUCUUCCAGCAGUUCGAAUUCAAACUUCCUCCUGAUCAACCAACCCACACCAUGCGAGGACAGUCUGGACUUACAAUGCCACCAGAAAGUUAUAGGAUCUGUGCCUUUGAACGAUGAACACAACGGAUUUAGCAUGCAGAUACUCUUAAAUUUUGUAAUUUUCUUCACCACCUAAGCACAGGAAAAAGAGUAAUAAAAAUGCGAUGUAAAUCGGAACAUUCUAAAUACACUUUGUACUUAUGAACAGAACACAGUCAUAUCUCACUAUACAAUGCGAAUGCGAUGUGCAAGUUAAAGAAAAAAAAACAGUCCUGAAAUAUUGAUGUUUCAAGAACUGUUAGUGGGAUCCAUGGAGGGGAUACUUAACUCACUAAUCACACAAUGCGAGUGCGUAGCGCGAGCUGAAUUCAGCACUUUUUUGUAAUCCUAAACAGGAUGCCUAUCUCGCUAAACAAAUUGAAGAAAAGUCAAAUCACGAGCAGAAUAUUUUUGGUAUAUUAUCAUGAUCUUGAAAAUGGGAUAUCUUCAGCACCAUGCAAUCCAUUUAGACAGCACAUGUAGUCAAAUCUAUAUAACCAGGCAAUGCGAGUGCGAAACGCGAGCAAAAUUUUAGAUUGUAACUUUUAGGUUUUUUUAUAUAUUUUUUUUUCAAUUAUUCCCCACCCCUUAUUUCACUCUCUUUUCUUCCUCCUGUUAUCUUUCUACUUUUUUUUCUGAUCUCCUCUGUAAGAUUAUCACCUUUUCUUUUGAAUUAUUUUUUACCUGUAACCAAGUUCACAUUCUCUUUCCUUCUCUAUUAAGCCAUGAAGAACUGCAAUAACAAUUAUAAUGCAAGUGAGAAUAAAGGAGGGCUGAGUGAAUAUGAAUGUGAAUAAGUGAGAUUGUAGUGCCUUGGCGUAUGGGAGUGAGAGGCCUGUUGGUUUAUAAUGACACUCUAGCUAAUUUGAUGGUGGCAAGCACAGCCAUUUGCUGGCUAGUAGGCUACACUUUUCACCACUCUAAAAUUAAAGUAAUUGCAAGUAGCGUAUUAUUUCUGUAUCUUAAGAUUAUAAGAGUAUAGAUUAUAUAGGGAAAAAAACUGUGCGAAGAUCGCUUCCUGAAGGACGGUUGAGUCCUCACUUACGCUAAAGCCAGUUUAACAAGGCAAAGCGAUUUGAAAACAACAUCGCGAGGAGGUGGUUUUCCAAACCGGUUUGGAGCAUCGCUUCCAAUACCGCUUCGACCGUUCUCAUUACACGUUAAACUAGUUUCCACUAAACUAGUUUUAGGACGGUAAUGAGAACGGGGUCUAUCAUUUAUAGUCUUGGGUUGGAAGGUAAGUUCAUAAUGCACCAUACCGAAGACUGUCUUUGGUCAUAUUUUACACGUCACACAGCAUGCCGUGCGCAUGGUCAGAUAAUCCGAUCCCACUAGAUCAUGAGCACUACCCUCCCUUGAUCUCUUUUUAUAUUAUAAAUUUUAAUUUAGCUUCAUUCAUCAUUCAGCUAUGGUAUAUGAAUGUUUUGCAAAACUAUUAAAACAUGACUUUGUGAAUUUCUAUUGGUUAUAAAUGACUAAUGUUUAUACUUUGUUGUGAAUAGUUAUCAGCCUGUAUGCCAAAAUACUGUGUUUUUUGUAUAAUUUUAUGUAUUAUGAAUAAUUAUAUUUGUCUUUAUGAAGAGUGUUUUGUUUGAUUUAUAUUGUAACAUUUUGCAAUGUGCCAUUACUUAUACGGUUUUAACCAAAUGAAUUUGAUAAUUACUAUUACAUAAAUAAAAAACACCAGUAUAUAUCCAGAAAAAAAUUGAUGAAUUUAUGAUAAUACAUAAAACAAUAGAAAUUGACAACACAGAAAUACC